AUCUAGAGAAAUCUUUCAAGUUUCGUCUCAAUCAAAUUUAAAUCAUGUGGAAUCCCAGAAGAAUUGAAAAUCACACAGGAAUCCCAUCCUUUUCAUUUCUUUUAUGUAGACAUUGACAAAAAUCUGAACCAAGUAUGAACUGGUAGAUAAAAGGCCAAACCAUAAAACGAAGAUUUAAGCAGGGUUUAACUUUAAGGCCGCCAGUUUUACUUCUUCUUCUCUAUGAUACCGGGCCAUUUCAUUUCAUCCGCAACUUCUUUUCAACUUAUAUUCCAUCAUUUAUUCUCCAAAAACAAUUUUUCCUAGUAAUUGAUGUCCAAUACCAAAACCCCUAUAUCCUCUGCCCACAAAUUUCAUACUUCGGGUCUCUGUAAUAACAGUAAACCUGUACUUCUUUAUCACAACCCAGAAAAUAUUUCCUCAGUUAUGUGGAGAAACGUUGCUAGGCAAGCAAUUUUGAGAUCUUCCCUUUAUUGCGGAAAACCCUUUUCACGUGCUUACAGCUUUCUGGGGUUUUCUCAAGACUCGAUUUUUCGUGAAAAGUGCCAAUUUGGAUGUUUGGAGCUGGGUUCGAGUCGGGUUAGUGAGAUUCUUGGUCGUGAGGAUUAUUUGAGGAGGCCAUGUUAUGAAGUUUUUAAGAAUGAUGAUUGGGGUAAUGGGUUGUGUUUAAGAGGGUAUGCCAGUGUAGCCGAGGCUGUUUCUUCAACUGAUGUUGAAGAAGAUGUGUCAGUUGUUGAUAAAAUUCAGGAGUUGGUGCAAGAAAUGAAGAAAGAAGAGCAUAAAGAGGAAGUGAAUAGUAAGAGAAAAAGUAAAAAUUUUGGGCGAGGAAUGGGGUCGACAAAGUAUCAAAUGCUUAGGAGAAGGCAAGUGAAGAUUGAAACUGAGGCAUGGGAACAAGCAGCCAAAGAAUAUACGGAGCUUCUGAGGGAUAUGUGUGAGAAAAAACUGGCGCCAAAUUUGCCAUAUAUGAAGUCAUUGUUUUUGGGAUGGUUUGAACCAAUGAGGGACGCUAUUGUCAAGGAACAAGAAAGUUUUCGAACAGGGAAAAAUAGAUUGGCGCACGCUCCAUAUUUUGAUCAGUUGCCAGCUGAUAAGAUGGCGGUUAUUACAAUGCAUAAAUUAAUGGGGCUGUUGAUGACUGGAGGUGAUCAUGGGCAAACUCGAGUUGUACCAGCUGCUUGCAUGAUUGGUGAUGCUAUUGAGCAGGAGGUUAGAAUUCACAAGUUUUUGGAGAAAACAAAAAAGAAAAAAGUCAAUAAAAAUACUGAAGUGGCAAGGGGAGAAUCUGCUGCUGCUAUUACUGAAAUGAAGAAAUUGAGAAAAAUGGUUACCAAUUUGAUUAAGAAACAAAAGCUUCCUGCAGUGAGGCAGAUAGUUAAGGAACAAGAUGAUUUUAAACCGUGGGCCCUUGAUGUGAAGGCUAAGGUUGGAAGCCGCCUGAUUGAGUUGUUGAUGGAAACAGCUUAUAUACAACCUGCAGCUAAUCAGUUUGCUGAUAGUCCACCUGAUAUUCGACCUGCAUUUGUGCAUACAAUAAGAAUAAAAGGAAACAAGGCCAAUAGCAAAAAAUUUGGUGUUAUUGAAUGUGACCCAUUAGUUCACAAAGGGCUGGCAAAAAUUGCAAGGCAUACGGUGAUUCCUUAUAUGCCAAUGUUGGUGCCUCCAGUCAAGUGGACAGGUUAUGAUAAAGGAGCACACUUGUUUUUUCCAUCCUAUGUUAUGCGAGUACAUGGAGUUCGACAACAACGUGAAGCAGUUAAGAGGGCCCCCAGGAAGCAACUACAACCAAUUUAUGAGGCCUUAGAUACGCUUGGAAAUACCAAAUGGAGGGUAAAUAAGAGGGUCCUUAGUGUCAUAGAUAGAAUUUGGAGUAGUGGAGGCCGUCUUGCUGAUUUGGUGGAUCGUAAUGAUAUUCCUUUACCAGAGAAGCCAGAUACAGAAGAUGAAACACUGCUUAGGAAAUGGAAGUGGAAUGUCAAAUCUGUGAAGAAGGAGAAUAAGGAGAGACAUUCUCAACGUUGUGACAUUGAACUUAAACUUUCAGUAGCUCGGAAAAUGAAAGACGAAGAAGGUUUUUAUUACCCACACAACCUGGAUUUUCGAGGUCGUGCAUACCCCAUUCAUCCAUAUUUGAAUCAUCUUGGUUCAGAUCUGUGUCGUGGUAUUUUGGAGUUUGCAGAGGGACGUCCUCUUGGCAAAUCUGGCUUACACUGGUUGAAGAUACACCUAGCUAAUCUAUAUGCUAAUGGUGUGGACAAAUUAUCUCAUGAAGGUCGAUUGACUUUCACUGAGAACCACUUGGAUGAUAUAUUUGAUUCUGCAGACAGACCUCUGGAAGGAAAACAUUGGUGGUUAAAGGCUGAAGAUCCAUUCCAGUGCUUGGCUGUGUGCAUGAAUCUUGCCGAAGCUUUGAGAAGCUCUUCUGCUGAGACAUUUAUAUCGCAUAUUCCUGUUCAUCAGGAUGGUUCCUGCAAUGGUUUACAACACUAUGCUGCACUUGGAAGAGACAAGUUGGGAGCAGCCGCUGUCAACCUGGUUGCAGGAGAGAAGCCUGCAGAUGUUUACUCAGGAAUAGCUGCUAGGGUACUGGAUAUUGUGCGGAGAGAUGCCCAGAAGGAUCCUGCUAUUUUCCCCAAUGCUUUGCACGCAAAGAUGUUAGUUAGCCAGGUGGAUAGGAAACUAGUAAAGCAGACAGUGAUGACAUCAGUAUACGGGGUGACUUACAUUGGUGCUCGUGAGCAAAUCAAGAGAAGGCUGAAGGAACGUAGUGCGAUUGUGGAUGAUACAGAGGCAUUUGGUGCUUCUUGUUAUGCUGCAAAGGUAACUUUAACUGCUUUAGAAGAGAUGUUUGAGGCUGCACGUGCUAUCAUGAACUGGCUUGGUGAAUGUGCAAAGGUUAUUGCAUCUGAAAAUGAGCCAGUAAGGUGGACAACCCCACUUGGCCUUCCUGUUGUCCAACCUUACCGAAAAUUAGGGAAGCAUUCUGUCAAAACUUCCCUUCAGAUUUUAACUCUACGACGUGAAACUGAUCAGGUCAUGGUCAGGCGACAAAGGACAGCGUUCCCACCAAAUUUUGUCCACUCCCUGGAUAGUUCUCAUAUGAUGAUGACUGCUGUUGCCUGCAGAAAUGCAGGCUUAAAUUUUGCAGGCGUUCAUGAUUCAUAUUGGACGCAUGCAUGUGAUGUUGAUGAAAUGAACAGGAUUCUUAGAGAAAAGUUUGUUGAACUUUAUGAAAAACCGAUACUAGAGAAUUUAUUGGAGAGCUUUCAGCAUUCAUUUCCUACAUUGUCGUUUCCCCCAUUACCGGAGAGGGGAGAUUUUGAUCUAAGAGAUGUUUUGGAGUCGCCCUAUUUCUUCAAUUGAUUGCAUAGAAGAGCCUCUCCCUUUUCUGACAUGAGAGUAAUCCCUUUUUAAUCUCUGGCAUGUAGCACAAGAUUCAGGGAAGAAAACUUGUUCUAUCAGAAUACAUGGCAGGUCUUGGAAACUCGCCUGUAUAUAUAUUGAAAACAGCAUCAACAAGAUCACUGUACAGCAUUGUAUAUCUUCGCUUGGUCUUAAACUCAGAUAUUCUGAUGGCCCUGUGCAGUCAACAUAAAUUCCAGUUUCACAGAGCAGUCACAUAUUCAGUAGAAAGCUGAGAGUUCAAACCACUAAGAUACUUGAAGCGGCUUGUUGACAGUUGAUUUUAUAGAUUCACUUAGGGGAUGUAGGCAGUUGCAGCUGAUCUGAACGGAGGGAUAAUGGUUGCUUCUUUGUUAGUCGCUGCCGCCAUCGGUUCUAGAGAAUAUGCUGAUGUAGAAAUGCAGUAGUUUGACUGCUCUCUGUAAUGGCAUUGUUAAUUACAGGGUAAAUUAAUUCAUCUUGUUCAAAA